AUGGCCAACUCCACACCUUCUGCCAGCGAUUACAAGGGCAUUGUAGGGCCCCUCCUCCAUCGCUGCUCUCACUGCCAAGUUGCUGGCCCAAAACUCCUUCGAUGCAACGGAUGUCUCGCCGUUCGUUACUGCAGCCGCGAGCACCAGGCCGCUCACUGGCCGAAGCAUAAGUCUGCUUGUUCCAAGAUCAAGAAAGCUCGCGCCAAGCUUGCCCAAGAAGACCAUGCCGUCCGCAACGCCGAAGAGAACUUCAUGACUCCUGCCAAUGCCUUUGAAUCGCAUGCUGGCCACUUCUGGGGUAUGGUGAACACACGAGACUACAUGCGAGCGCGGAUGGCGCUGGCCUUGAAGCUUCUUCACCAGAGGACGCUGGGUAGCGUUAGUGAGGCCUACGAGCACAUGCGCGACAUGCUGCGAUUGAACCGUAGCGACAACAUGGGGAUACGAGAGAUGGUCCCGGCUCUGAUGCUGCGAUUGGAUCUUGACCAGGAGUGCUAUGAUUUCGUCAAGUGGUGGGCCACCUGUGAUCCAGACGGCCGAUACGACUGGGGCGAUAUGGACUUGCCGUACCUUGAUCUUCACGGUGCCGACGUCUUUGAGAAGCCAGAGUUUCUACUCGUCGAACAUUCAGAUUUAAACUCACUCGUCGCUCUUCUGCUGUUGAAUCUGAAGCUGCUCGUCGAUAUUCAUAACCUAAAGAUCACUCGCAAGAUCCUUUCCCGUACCCGACUCCCUACUGAGCUACGGGAUAAGAUAGAGCUGGCCGUUGUUCGGAUUCCCCUCUCCACAAAGCUUCAGAAAGAAGCGCCCGGAUCUCUUCUCCAAACCCAGUCAACUCUGAUGAACCAUACCCGCCUGCUGGGCGCUGCCCUGAACAAGACUAACGACCAAUUCAUGUUCAAUCUCUUUGAUCCCGAUGAGGCACUCUGUAGCAGGCCUGAGGCAUAUUCACGUGGGUCUUGGGAAGAAAUGGCUUACUCAAUCCAACAUUCGUACGCCGCAUGGUGGGAAACGGAGGGCGUCUUGGACCUGCUGAAGGAUGCGCGCAUGUGCGCAGCGCGGGACUCGGAGGAUGAGAUUGAGGAUAUCAUGGGCACCAAGACGUUCAAAUCGAGCGCAGGACCGAAUCGCACGGCCGAGGAGCUCCUAGAGGACGUGAGCGUGAAUCGAAUUUGGGGAUAUUUGGAUUAUGCAGCCGAGAACGCCUGCUACUUGGGCCCCUGGUCUGAGCGACCCUCUGAGCAACAUACAAGGGUGAGUAAGGAAAAUUGGGCGAGAGCCGAGGAGGAAGAUGACGAGGAAUGGAGCGACGAUGAAGAUGAGGUGGCAUUCUAG